CUCCCCUGCCGAGUGCGCACGCGCGGUCUCACCUGGCUGGGUGUGGCCGCGGACGAGCAAGCGAGGAUCAGGCUCAGCAUUUCCCUCCGAGCUCCACGACGACCAUGACGACGACCCUGACCACGACGAUUGUUGCGCUCCUGCUCGUCCUGUCUGAAUGGCAGCGCCUGGAGGCUCGCGACAUUCUCCCACCGGGCCCAAUGGACGCCGUGGUGGGGAAAAACGUCACCCUGCGGACGCUCCUGCAGUCCCCCAAGUACUUGUUCAUCAUCUGGAACUUCAACGACGGUCGCGAGCAGAUUCACGUGGCCACCCUGGGGGCCCAGGGACUAAAGGUGAACGUGCCCUUCCAGGGGCGCGCGUCCGUGGACGCCAAGAGCGGCGCGCUGUCGCUGAGCGCGCUCACGACGGCCGACAGCGGAGACUUCAGCGUCAACAUUUUGAGCGAGGAAGGCGACACCGAGACCGCCGAGAUACAGCUGCGCGUGCUCGAGCCUGUGUCGGGCGUCAAGCUGACCGCAAACAUGGCUGAGGCGCUGGAGCACAACAGCACAGUGGUCCUGACCUGCAACGCCAAAGGCUCUUUCCUCAACUUCACCUGGCUCAACGGCAGCGUGCCUGUUGUCCCUGGCGGACGGCUUGCUAUCCAACAGGACGAGGCGAGCAGUCGGCUGACCAUUGUCGAUGUCCUGCGCACCGACCUGACACGACCCAUCUACUGCAACGCCACCAACAAACUAGAGACGGAGAAGAGCGCCCCCUUCAGCCUGCCCGUCCACUAUGGUCCGGACGAGGUCACCUUCACGGCUUCCCAAGAGUCGGAGUUUGUGCGGGCCGGUUCCAACUUCAACCUAACGUGCGCCGUGCGCUCCAGUCCACCCGCCACCAUCACGUGGUACCAGAACCAGACCCUGAUGGAAGACACUGGGCCUGUGCUGCCGCUGCAGGCCGUGGAGCGGCUCCCCCUGUGGCAGCAGAUGAGUCACUACACGUGCCAAGCUGCCAACGCCAAGACCCAGCGAGUCGUCACCUCGCGUAGCGUUUCAUUCGCUGUCAUGAAGCCGGUGUCGGGCGUGCAAAUGAGCGGGCCAGCCCAGGGCACGGUCCUGCUGGCCAGCAACAGCUCGGCCAACUUCAGCUGCCGUGCGGCGGAAGGUCCCGUGAGCAGCCGCUUGUGGCUGAAGGACGGCAAGCAGCUGCCGGCGACGGGCGACGAGGGCCGCGUGAUGGUGGCGCCCGACGGCACUUGGAUCAGCUUGGCGCCGUUGCUCAAGGGGGACAACGGCCGCAUCGUGUGCCGCCUGUCCAACGCCGUUAGCACGGAGGAGGCUGCCUACCAGCUGCUCGUCAACUUCGGCCCCGAGGCGGUGACGGUGAGCGGGCAGAGCGCGGUGGAGGUGGGCGACGCCAUCCAACUCAGCUGCUCAGCCGACUCAGUGCCGGCCGCCAACUUCACCUGGAAGUUCAACGCAACGCUGACGGAGAUCAAGACGGCCACCUACGCCAUCAAUCAGGCUGUCUACAAGAACACGGGCACCUACACCUGCCAGGCGCACAACGUCGUCACCGGCAAAAGCGCCACCUUCGUGCACCACCUGUCCGUCAAAGAGGAGGGCGCGCUGGAUGAAGGCCUAUCAGAUGGCGCCAUCGCCGGCAUCAUCAUUGCCAUCCUGGCCGCGUUGGGCGUGGCCAUUGGCUUGGUCUUGUACUGCCGGCAGAAAGUUCCGGUGGAGUCGCCAUACUAGUGACCUUUGCACGCACUGCCGGAGAUUAUGGUCCAAACACGGGCCCUUGUGGCUUUUCCGAGACGCCUCCGUUGGGGAAGCGGUGUGCGCGCAUCACGGGAAAGCCACGACGCUCGCCACAAUUCGGACGCUCGCCACAACUCGGACGCUCGCCACAACUCGGACGCUGGCCGCAAUUUGGACGCUGGCCGCAAUUCGGACACUGGCCGCAAUUCGGACGCUGGCCAUAACAUGGACGCUCACCACAACAUGGACGCUCACCACAACAUGGACGCUCGCCACAAUUUGGAUGCUCACCACAACUAGGACCCCGGCCACAACACGGCUGCUCACCACAAUUUGGACGCUCGCCACAAUUUGGACGCUCGCCACAAUUUGGACGCUCGCCACAAUUAGGACACUUGCCACAAUUUGGACGCUCGCCACCAUUCGGACGCUUUGUUUGGUUUCGUGGCGGGAAUCUCCUCCCAUCCUUGUUUGUCUUUGUCGUCUUUGCCACGCCUUGCGACCGCCUCGCUCCCACCGUACUCACCCCUCCCUCCACACUGUGUCAAGACUGGCUGAUGAAAAAAACUGCAAGGGUGGAUGGCGGGCCCAACUGUGACUUUUGGCGGGAAAAGUGCUUUUAUGUUUUUGUAACUGAGUCUGAAAUGACUUUGUGUGCGUGUGCGCACUUGAGUAUUUAUUGUGAAAAAAACUGAAGCUCAUCACAGGUCACGCACGUUCAUCAGACUGCUAGCGUGACGUUUGACCUUUGCAUGAGCUGUCAAUCAACAUGGACGCGCCUGCGUAGCGUGUGGUUUGCUCCUGCCACCUUUUGAUUUCUUGUUUUGUUUUUGUUAAACAGCUGUGCAAAA